CGCUUCCGCUGGCGGGAACGACGUGGCUGUAUGCUCUCGUUUUCCUUUUUCUUCUGGCCACACAGACGAAGAUCCCAGAUUCCGCAGGAAUAUGUUUGAAUAGGACUGAUGAUAUUCUAUUUCUACUCCAACACCCCUUCAACUCUUCUUCGCUUCAGAUCCAACUCGUAAAUGUUUCACAUGGAAGCAUCCCACAUCAGUUGAAACAUCUUCCUAUCGCCUAUAGAAUCUCAGCAGCAGCUGUUUGCAGCUCCCCUUAGCAUGGCGAUAACGGUCCUUCUAACGCACGCCUCCUCGCGGCCGCCAUCUGGACCUCGGCACGUCUCUUUCGAUGUCUCUCAUCGCCUUCCGAAACAGAGCCGACGGGUAUCCGUUGUUUCUGGCCCCUUCAAUCUCAGCAGUUUCCGGAUUAUAAGCUUUCAAUGCCGGGAUGUGGAAAGUGCUAAGGCUUCAUCAUCUGGAAACACUUCUCCAAAUGGAGGAGAUGGGGUUGAUAAUGAGAUAUUUGAAGAUUGGAAAGUUGAACCGAGUAAUCCAGGCAGUUCAUUCUUGGCAAAAUUAGCAAUCGUCCUUGGCAUAGCUGCAACAAUCACCGUAGUAUCUGUUUUUUUGAAGAGGCCUACUUUGGGAUCAUCCUCUGGAUUUCCAUUUAUAGUCGAUGCUUCAUCAUCUUCAGUUUCAGCUCCCUCUGUUGGUUUCACUUUGAAAGCUUUUGGAUACAAAGUCAUAUUACCCGAAUAUACUCCAGGAUGGAUCUACUUUUGGUUGCUUAUGGCUGCUGGAUGUGGACUUUUCAUUAGCGAAGAGGCACUAAAUAUUUGGGUUGGCAUAUCUUUAGCUCGAACACUGUCUCUGGAUGGGACAUGGAAAUCGUUCAUGGAAUCCUUCUCAAAUAAUGCUCCAUACAUUAUCUCUACAGUGCUGUGGGUAUACUGGGGGGUUUGUAUCAGUGAUAUGGUACCAUUUUACCUUGGGAAGCUCGUUAGGCAAACUAAGGCAUCUGAUAAUGUUUUGUCCAAGCUAGGGAUUGGCAAAGAGAAGGCAUUGAACAUUACUCGAGCUGUGCAGAAGUAUGGCAAUCUCAUUGGCUUUGUUGAACGCUUUUCCUUUGGAGUGCGGAAUCCAACAUCUUUUUUGGCAGGAGCAUUGAUGGGUGUGCUAAAAUGCAGGGGAUAUCCUCCGAUUGUUUUUUUGCUGGUGUUUGUUGUGGCGGCCUGUUUACUCUCCCAAUUCAAUUGGGGAUCGGAUUUUUGUUGAGGGAGCGUCCUUUGGUGGCCAUUGCGAGUGUGGCAACAGCGGUGGCUAUAUGGACUUUCUUUCCAUAUGCAGUUGCUGCAUCAACGGCCUUAUUCCUUUUCCUGCGUCGACGUCAGUCCAGCUAGUACUUGCUAUUAAUCUGCUCAAAAUGAGUUCAUUUCAUUUUAGUUAACAGUAAUUAUGCACUAGAGAUAUUCAUCUCUAAUACAUUAUGAGUUCAUGUUAACAGUAAGAUUAAGAUCUCUAAUACAUAAUUACUGUUAACUAAAAUGAGAUGAGCUCAUUUUUAGCCUUCAACCAAACAGGGCCACCUUAGUUCUUUCAAAUAUUAGAUCACGAUAAAACAAUUCUUCCUUGGUGUAAA